AUGGCAUCCAAAGAUGCCCCUAAAACUGCUUUUUCGACCCCAUACGGUCAUUACCAAUUCAAGAGAAUGCCAUUCGGAUUAAAAAACGCUCCCGCAACUUUCCAGCGCUUAAUGGACAACGUUCUCUCUGGCCUACAGGGGAACGAACUCUUCGUUUAUAUGGACGAUAUCGUUAUCUACGCAAAAUCUUUACGAGAACACGAAAUUAAAUUCACCCGCUUAAUGCAACGUUUAAGAAACGCGAAUUUGAAACUCCAGCCAGAUAAAUGCGAAUUCUUACGACACGAAGUAGCCUAUCUUGGACACAUAAUUGGAUCGAACGGCGUAAGGCCGGAUCCCGGAAAAAUCAACUCAAUAAUGAAUUUCCCUACUCCCAAAACUCCUAAGAACAUUAAACAAUUUUUAGGCCUUGCUGGCUACUACAGACGCUUCAUUCCAAAUUUUUCUAAAACCGCAAAACCUCUCACAGACUUAUUAAAGAAAAACAGCACCUUUUCGUGGCAAGUAAAACAAAUAGACUCAUUCAACACUCUUAAAUUAGCAUUGUGCUCUAAUCCAAUACUCCAAUACCCCGAUUUCACUAAGCCUUUUAUUCUCACGACCGAUGCAUCCGGAUAUGCUAUCGGAGGAGUUUUAAGUCAAGGUCCCGUCGGACAAGACUUACCCAUUUCCUAUACUUCGCGAAUUCUAAAUGCUGCAGAAAAGAACUACUCUACAAUUGAAAAAGAAUGUCUAGCCAUAGUAUACUGUAUUAAUCAUUUCAGACCUUACUUGUACGGAAAACGCUUUACAAUUAUUACCGACCAUAAACCUCUCGUUUGGCUAAACUCGAUUAAAGAUCCGUCUUCUCGCUUAUGGAAGUGGCGCAACAAAUUAUCCGAAUACGAUUUUGAAAUUAAAUAUAAAAAAGGAACUUUAAAUAAUAACGCAGAUGCCCUGUCGCGAAACCCACCUGAGAAUCAUGUUUUCCCAUUAAUAAACGCGGAUCAAGACGAUUCUUCUGAUGAAUCCUUAUUCUUUUCUAGUAAUAAAAACCGAACCUUACCACAGACCCCACCGCAAAAUACUGAUAAUGAAAAUCGCAAUUCAAUAGAAACUCACGACGAUUACGUAGACAUGAAUGCAUCACAAAAUUCUAAUCACGAAAAUUUAGAGGAAAUCUCCGAUUACACCGAAAGUGAUACAGAUAACGACGAAGAAUAUUACGACGAACUACUUACUCCUAUAUCAACCCCUCAUGAACAAAUUCCGCUUCUUCCUCUCGCACUCCAAGAACCAACAAUCGAUAAAACUCGUGAAAACUUACUUAGCCGAAAAGAUAACCAUGUUAUAUUCAUAUACCUAAACGGUACUCCUUUUGAUAACGGCGCGAAACAAUAUUCAGAAGCUAACUUACUACCGAACUACGAAAACUUAACUUACGAAAGAGCUAAUGUAAAGACCAUAAAAGGAAACACUGUAAUUUCACUCCCUAUAAAAUUUAAUAAUCGUACACUAUUAGAGCCACAAACCUUAAAAAAUUGUUUUCAAUCAUUAGUAGACGUAAUAACUGAAUUAGAGCUCAAAUCAAUAAGCGUUAGUAAAACCGAAUCUUUUGACGAUAUUCCAUGGUCUUACGUCCUUAAGCAAUUCAAAAUUUAUUUAACAGGAACUAACUGUCAAAUUACUAUUUGUGAAAAUUUAAUCCGAAAUCCUGAGCCUCACGAACGUGAAGCAUUGAUCUUAGAAAAUCACGCGUCCUCGCACGGUGGUCACAAGGGUGUGACAAAAACCUAUAAUCGGUUAAGACCACAUUAUUUUUGGAGCUCUAUGAAAAAGGAUAUUUCAGAUUUAAUUCGAAAAUGUAAGCAAUGUCAAAUUAAGAAGCUAACCAGAAUUAAAACUAAACAGCCCAUGAUAAUUACGGACACCCCCGGAACAGCUUUUGAUAAAGUUUCGCUUGAUAUAAUGGGACCAUUACCAGUCACCGUAAAAGGAAAUCAAUACAUUCUAACAAUGCAAGAUUUAUUAACGAAAUAUUCCGUAGCCGUGCCACUAAAUGACGCCACGUCGGUGUCUAUCGCUGACGCAUUUGCAAAGAAUUUUAUAUGCAUUUACGGUGCUCCGAAAGCCAUACUCACAGAUCAAGGAGCAAAUUUUUUAUCUUCCCUUAUGCGAUCUUUGACUAAGAAAUUCAAUAUUCAACAUUUUAAAACAACCGCCUAUUAUCCUCAGUCGAACGGUUCUUUAGAACGAUCGCAUCACGUACUAACCGAAUAUCUUAAAACGCAAAUUGACAAAGAAGAUAACUGGGACGACUAUAUUAACAUGGCUAUGUUUUCUUAUAAUACUAGUGUACACGAAGGUACAAAAUUUUCGCCAUACGAACUUAUAUUCGGCAAACUUGCUCGUUUACCCUCUAGCCAUCCUCCUUUAGAGUCCAAUAACGAAAAUACGUAUCACGAAUAUAUCACAGAUCUCGCGAAUAGAUUACACGAAACACGUGAAGAGGCUAGACAAAAUUUAAUUUCUGCUAAAGAAAGAAGCAAACGAUACUAUGACAGACACAUAAAUCCUCGACAUUUUGAGGAAGGCACAGAAGUAUUUCUAUUGAAAGAACCAAGUAAAGGAAAAUUCUCUGAUCAAUAUGUGGGACCUUACAAAGUAAUUGAAAAUCUCCCACCCUGCAACGUAAAAAUUCUAAUUGGCAAAAGACCACGCGUUGUGCAUAUCAAUAAAUUAAAGGUAGCACACGUGGAUCCAGGAUGA